CAGUGAUCGAUGUCAUGCCAUGGUCAGAGAGAUCACAGGGCGGAAAAAAAAGCGAAAGGGCUCGAAGGCAAAGGCUGCGAAGGCGGCGAAGGCGGCGAAGGAGCGAACAUCGAAGCCGAAGCCGAAGGCGAAGGCCAAGAAGGCCAAGAAUGCCAAGAAGGGAGGAGGAAAGGCCGGAAAGGCGAGACGCCAGAAGGAAAAGGCGCAGAGAAAAGACAUUCAAGGAACGCUUCCAGGAUCAGUUUCUACGUGGAAACGAUGCAAACGAUUCCAAGGAUUCCAAGGCUCUAAAGUUUCUAGAGGCCCGCAGAAGAUUCUCAAAGUAGAUUCGCGCAAGGUUGGCCAACGCGUUGCUUCCCUGGCAACGCGCCAAGCCUUGUUCCUGGAACUGCAGGCGGUGAGUUUGACGAUCGGCAACUUGAGCAGUUCCUUUCCAGAAGGAUGGACCGUGAAGAUGUCGAAUCCGCUCCCACAAGAUGGACGCUUCGACAAGAUCAAGGAGUAUCAAGACUGUUGGGAAGAGGCUCUGAUCUUGGAGACCAAGGCCCAGUUCAUCAGUGAGGCUGCCAAGAGUUUCAAGCCGCGGCAGUACAACUUUGAAGCUCAGUGCAUGGAUGACACGUGGAUCUUGCUCGACCAGGAGAAACGCCUUCCGGGGCGUCCGUGUGGACAGGAGCUGCAUGUAGGCUCUCUCGUGCUGAUCCGGGGUGCUGAUUUUGCGUCGGUUGGCAGAGUGGAGAUGACUCCAUCCAAUUUGAAGGGCAUCAGCAGCCGGGGGCUUUGUCAGGGAGCCAUGGUGCAGGUGACCGUUCUUGGUGUCAGUCUUGUGUCCGCUGCACGGGAGAUUGAUGCUAUCAGGAAGGUCCGUCACAUCCCCGCCUUGCUGGUGGAUCAGCUUUUGGGGCGCUUGCCACCAGGGGAGCCAUGGAGAGGAUUUGAGAGGAUGGAGGAGAAAUUCCAUUGCCUGAAGUCGUUGAAUCCCUCACAGACAAAGGCCGUCGUCCGAGCCGCCAGCUCCAGUUCUGGCUUCGUCUCCAUUCAUGGACCUCCUGGCACAGGCAAGAGCCAAGCUCUUCUUGCGCUGGUGAAUACUUUGCACAUACGGAAACUCGGGGAAUACCAUCGAGGAAUCGAGGAAAUGGUCUUGGGCAGCGGAAAUAGAAAGGCACCUGAAAGAUGGAAAGAGGCUGUGUGCCACUUUCCCCGGCUCCUGGUCACUGCUCACAGCAACGCUGCCGUGGAACAAUUGCAGCAACGUGCCCGCGCUGGGUGCUUUAUCGACCAGAACGGUGGCAGCUAUGAACCGAUUCACUACAGAUUGAGCAGUUAUAACGCAGAGAACGACCAGAACGACAACGUGGAUGCGCAAAUUCGAGAGCUCUUGUCACUGGAAGUGAAAGUGCUGAAAGAAGAGCGGCAACAACUCAGACGAGAGAUGGAGCAUUUGGAUGCUCACAUUGUGAAGCUCAUCCGAGAAAUUCGGCAGCUGCAGAAGGUGUGUCCUUUACCUGCUGGUGUUCAAGCGAUCUUGGAGGGCGGAGUGAUUGAGUACGUGGAUGAGAGCGGGUGCCAGUUCCUUGACCCUCCCAAGCCUCAGCCUGGCGAGCGCACCACCGAGCCGUUGCAAAUGGCUCACGUGGUGGGACGGAUGGAGGAGCUGGUGAGAUGCAGUGAUGGCUAUAGAGAGUUGAAAGGAAGAGUUGAGCGCUGUCAGCUGGUUGAAGACUUCAAGUGUGGAUUGCUUCAGGUGCCAUUCACCAAGCUGAAGCUUCGCUUGGAAGCGAACAUCCUGGAGUUUGCCCACAUUCUCUUUGCCACUGCCAACACCACGGCACGCUUGGGGCAACUAGUCAACGAGCAGGCGAUGAAAUCAUUUGACACUGUGGUGAUCGACGAGGCGGCUCAGGCAACUGAGCCUUCGGUCAUUAUUCCGCUGUGUCUCAGCAGUGGGCGCAGCGCAGUUCUCAUUGGCGAUCACCUGCAGCUGCCACCCACUGUGUUCAUGCCCAAUGCAGACGAGCUGUUGGUCAGCCGAUCUUUGUUCGAACGGCUUUGCGUGGUUGGACAUAAGCCCGAGCUUCUACAGGAGCAGUACAGGAUGGCGCCAGAAAUCUCGGCAUUUCCUAGAGCCUACUUCUAUGAAGGCCGAUUGCAAGAUGCCCAAGUGGUGCAGACUCGGCCACGUUGCGAGCUGGUGCCGCCUUUUCUGUUCUUGAAUCUGAAGUCGUUCGCGGAACGAAGACCCGAUGGAUCGUGGCUCAAUCAGGCGGAGGCCUUCUUCUGCGUGAAGCUCGUCACAGACCUGCAGAAGCAUGCUAAAAUGCUGGGGCGAGAGGAGGUGGCAAAACGCAUUGGCAUCAUCACACCGUACAGGGCGCAGAAGAACUUCAUCGACCAGUUGAUUUGGAAUGUGAAGCUCAAGCUCCAAUUUCCGGUGAAGGUGGCAACCGUUGAUGCAUAUCAAGGCCAGGAAUUCGAAGCUGUGAUUUGCUCCACGGUGCGAGCAUCCCACAACCAGUCUGCUGGCAUUGGCUUUCUGAGGGAUGACAGACGGCUCAAUGUCGCAUUGACCCGUGCCAAGCAGAUUCUGCUGGUCGUUGGGCACGAACAGACCUUGUGCCAAUCCAAGACCCUUGCGGCCUUGAUCAACCAUGCGCGGAAGCACAAUGCCUUCAGGGAUGUGCAUGGCAACGAUGAUGUUCUCCUCACUGGGGAUUGAGUGCCGAAAUGAGGAGCACCCAGCUUGGAGGAUGUCCCGGAG